GCUGGUCCAUGAGCACGGGGAGGGCAACUGGAGCGUCAUUGCACGGUCGCUGAACGGGGCCUUCGGGAAGGACGAGAACCACGGGAGGAUCGGGAAGCAGUGCCGAGAGAGGUGGAACAACCACCUGAGGCCCGACAUCAACCGGGAUGCCUGGACGCCCGAGGAGGAGCGCAGCCUGAUAGAGAUACACAGGCAGCUGGGCAACCGAUGGGCCGACAUCGCAAAGCACAUGCCCGGCAGGACCGAGAACGCGGUCAAGAACCACUGGAACGCCACCCUGCGGCGUCGGGAGCACCCGGACGAAGACAUCGGAGGCAGCGCGUCCAUCCUCAAGGAGUACAUGAAGACGCUGAAUCUGGUGGGCCCGGAUCGUCAGAGGAAGAGAAAGGCUCACCAUGACCUCGACCCCAGCUACAGGCCGUCCUGGGACAACGCCUGCUCGCGCGGUAGGCAGGCCAAGACGGCCCCGAGGCGGUGCACACGCAUGCCGUGCAGGAAGGCUGGCUCCAGGGAGAGGGGAGACUUCAUUGGAGAGCCCUGCGCGGAAAGCGGACCUCGCUUCGUCAAGGAUGUGAACAUGUUCUGGCAAGGGAACAGACACGCCUUGCCGGGCGGGAGGCACUUUGUCACCCAAGAAAACAGGUGCAAGUACCCGAUUCCUGACCUGUACGGCAAGCACACGGCGGGCCACGUGAACUACGCGGCCGUGGGUCCGUCGAGGAUCGAUCCAGGCGUCGGCAGCGGGUGCGUUGAAGACAGGGCGCUGCGAGCACCGUCUUCAGCGGGUCGCGCCUUCCACGUCCAUUCCGCGCCUCAUGAGGCGCGGGUCAAGGUGGAUGGGGCUGUCCACAGCGAUGCGGUGGCCCAUCUCAACGAGUGGGUCGAAUGGCUGAGCGAAGAGGAGCUGAGCGAGCACCGCCAAGGCUUCGAGCCCACCCAAGUGGAUCUGACUCAGAACAGAGCGAGCAUGCAAUACGCCAACAGGAUCCCCAGCGCCCCCCUCACCCUCCAAGCGGCCCUCCGCAGCAAGGAUGCGUCAACUCCAGUGCUGCUGGCAGGAAGGCGAAUUCGAGGCGGGAUAGAGGAGCUCAAGGAUGACCUGCUGCCUCAAAUUGACAGACUGAUAUUUCUUUCGAGAAAUGAGACGCGCGCAGAAGCCUCGGGCUUGAGGGACGAGCUACUGAAAAAGACGGACCAGUUGAUUGAGCAGGUGUCUAGUUUCGAGGAGCAAGUUAAUGAAUUGACCACAGAGGUAUCACAUUUUAAACUGAGGGCAGAGACUCUGGAGAGCGGAGUCGUGGGAACGGCCGUAGAGCAGAACGGCGACGUGCUGUUAGUCAGCCUCACAGAUGAGCAGCUGGCGGCAUUGCAGGGGUUCCCUGACGGCGAGUGUGAGGACCAGAAGCCCUGCUAA